AUUGACCGGAAGGGAUACACGCCAGGCGAGGUCAUCCCCAUCUUUGCCGAAAUCGACAACUGCACUUCCCGCACGGUGGUCCCCAAGGCAGCCAUCAUCCAGACACAGACUUUCAUAGCUCGAGGGGCCUGGAAGGAGAAGAAGUCAGUGGUGGCCAGCAUUGUGGGGGACUCCAUCGCAGCCCAGAAGCGGGAAGUCUGGCAUGGCCGGGCACUCAAGAUCCCCCCCGUAGGGCCCUCCAUCCUCCAGUGUCGCAUCCUCCAGGUUGAAUAUGCACUCAAGGUCUGUAUCGACAUCCCUGGAACCUCCAAGCUGCUCCUGGAGUUGCCGCUGGUGAUCGGGACCAUCCCUCUGCACCCAUUUGGCAGCCGGACAUCCAGCAUCAGCAGCCAGUAUAGCAUCAACAUGGACUGGCUACGGAUGGGCUUCACGGAGCAGCCUGAGGCUCCUCCAGACUAUUCCUCGGUGGUUUCUGGAGAAGACCCCACACAGACCCUAUCUCCUCCUGGCCAGAAUGGACAGCCCAGCAUCUUUGAAGGGCCUUUCUUUGCCUACAUCCAGGAAUUUCGCUUCCGACCGCCUCCACUCUACUCCGAGGUGAGC